UGACUUGCUGUGAAAUAGCGACAUCAAUAACAUGGAUUUUCAAAACGUAAAUCCCAUAAAUGUGUGGCUGAACAUGGUGUCAGGUAAUUUAUUUCCAAUGACCGCCGAUUCUUCGUUUUCGAUAUUUUGGAAAAUAUACAGCCUUCUGGUAUGGUUACUCACAAUACUCGAAACAUGCGUACUAGUGCUUGGAUGUAUUUUUGUGCCGAUAGAGAAGGUUUUGAAAGACGGUUUAGUCGGUCUAGUGGUUUUUAUGGAAAUGAUCACUACAGUUAUACGAAUUCACACAUGCAGGGGACUGGUGCAACAAUUAAUUCAGAACCUAAAUAAUAUUCUGCGCAUGGAUGAUGAGUUGAUGAGAAGUAUAGUUACAACGACUAUAAAGUCUGUGGAAAUGCCCCUUAAGUUUUAUUGGUCGGCCGGUGUAAUGUCCAUAAUAUUAUGGAGUGGUACAUCAUUAAUAUUAAUCUUUCAAAGAAAUUCUUUUUUCUAUGUAGAUUACAGGAUGCCAGUGGCAUACACCAAAGAACCAUUCACGACCAGUAUCUUUGUGUUGGGAAGUGUCAUCAUAAUGAUUAGCAGCGUGUAUAUUUUUACAAAGAAAGUCAGCGUGGAUAGUUACAUAAUAAAUAUGACGUUGCUGACAACGGCACAAUAUAAAUACAUCGCAUUAAAAUUAUCGAUGAUAUUUCAAGAUAAGUCGCUUUCGAAUGAUCAGGACGAAUCUGAUACAAAAAAAUGUCAUCCUAAGAGAGAUUAUUAUAUUGAAAAAAAUAUAAAAGCUUUAUGUCGACAUCAUAAUAUGGUUAUUCAGUAA